ACUCUACCGGCACGGUUAUUUGCUGCAGGUUCGCGCUAUCAUUAAAUUAGGACAUGGACUGCGGUUGUAUGGCCAGCUUGCGAGGAGGGAGCGAUUAAAAGGGUCCGACUAAAUGAGAUAAAAGGCGCGUGGUUUGCGGGCGUUGCUGUUUGUCGCCACACGGACGGAUCGGUUGUGCUAUAAUAUCAGCGGAGGACGAGGCCACGGGCGCACUGCUCAGCAAUACCGCGAAAUGGUCACGUCUAUUCUGGGAUUUCUUAUUCUACCAAUAUGCCUGUCUGGAUUCGUUCGAGGGACGCAGACCCAGUGCGAGCCAUCGCAGUUCCAGUGUGGCAAUGGCCGCUGCAUCCCGUCCGUGUGGAAGUGUGAUGGAGACGAGGACUGCACAGAUGGCAGUGACGAGAACACCUGCGUGAGGAAGACGUGUGAGCAGGUGGACUUUGUGUGUAAGAACGGCCAGUGCAUACCCAAGCGAUGGCACUGCGACGGAGAGCCGGACUGCGAAGAUGGCUCAGACGAGAGCAUUGAAGUCUGCCACACCCGGACGUGUCGUGUGAACGAGUUCAGCUGCGGGGCCGGCUCCACCCAGUGCAUCCCCGUCUCCUGGAAGUGUGACGGAGAGAAGGACUGCGACAACGGAGAGGACGAGCUGCUCUGUGGUAACGUGACCUGUGCCCCACUGGAGUUCUCCUGUGCCAUCAGCGGCCGCUGCAUCUCGGCCAACUUCGUGUGUAACGGCGAGGACGACUGUGGCGACGGGGACGGCAGUGACGAGAGGGACUGCCCACCUUCCUCCUGUGGCCCCACCGAGUUCCGCUGUGGGAACUCCACAUGCAUCCCCUCCAACUGGGUGUGUGACGAUGACGUAGACUGCCAGGACCAAUCGGACGAGUCGCCCCAGCGUUGCGGAAAGCCCACGCCGCCCAGCAAGUGCUCGUCAAGCGAGGUGCAGUGCAGCUCGGGAGAGUGCAUACACAGGAAGUGGAGAUGUGACGGAGACCCAGAUUGUAAGGACGGCAGCGACGAGAAGAACUGUCCUGUGCGUACCUGCAGGCCAGACCAGUUUAAGUGUGAGGACGGCAGCUGUGUCCAUGGCAGCAGGCAGUGUAACGGCAUCCGCGACUGUGCAGAUGGCACCGACGAAGUCAACUGUAAAAACCAGACCCAGUGCAAUGGGCCGGACAAGUUCAAGUGUCGGAGUGGCGAGUGCAUCGAGAUGAGCAAAGUGUGCAACAAGGCCCGCGACUGCUCCGACUGGAGCGACGAGCCAAUCAAGGAGUGCAAUCUGAAUGAGUGCCUGCUUAACAAUGGCGGCUGCUCCCAUAUCUGUCGGGACAUGGUGAUCGGCUACGAGUGUGACUGUAUUCCCGGCCUUCAACUAAUCGACCGCAAGACCUGUGGAGACGUGAACGAGUGCCUGAACCCCGGGAUCUGCAGUCAGAUCUGCAUCAACCUGAAGGGAGGCUACAAGUGCGAGUGCCACAGCGGCUACCAGAUGGACCCCACCACAGGAGUCUGUAAGGCUGUCGGCAAAGAGCCCUGCCUGAUAUUCACCAACCGGCGGGACAUCCGUAAGCUGGGCCUGGAGCGGAGGGAGUACACCCAGAUAGUGGAACAGCUGAGGAACACCGUGGCCCUGGACGCCGACUUCACCCAGCAGAAGAUCUUCUGGGCAGAUCUCGGGCAGAAAGCCAUUUUUAGCACCCUACUGGACAAGCGAGAGGAGACGUCGAGCCAUGCCAGAGUCAUCGAGGACGUCCAGAUGCCCGUGGGCAUCGCGGUGGACUGGAUCUACAAGAACAUCUACUGGUCGGACCUGGGCAGCAAGAGCAUCACCGUGGCCAACUUCAACGGCACCAAGAGGAAAGUCCUGUUCGACAACGGCCUGAAGGAGCCGGCCUCCAUCGCCGUGGACCCCCUCUCAGGGUACCUGUACUGGUCAGACUGGGGUGAGCCAGCUAAGAUUGAGAAGUCGGGGAUGAACGGUGUGGAUCGACAGGUGCUGGUGGAGACAGACAUCCAGUGGCCCAAUGGCAUAACUCUGGAUCUGAUAAAGAGCCGUCUCUACUGGGUAGACUCUAAGCUGCACAUGCUCUGCAGUGUAGACUUCAACGGGGAUAACCGGCGCAAGAUCCUCCAGUCCUCAAGCUACCUGGCUCACCCGUUCGCCCUCACCGUCUUUGAGGAUCGAGUGUUCUGGACAGACGGUGAGAACGAGGCAAUCUACGGCGCUAACAAGUUCACAGGAGCUGACGUGACUGUUUUGGCCAACAAUCUGAACGAACCUCAGGACAUCAUAGUUUAUCACGAGCUAAUCCAACUCUCAGGAACAAACUGGUGCCAUGAGAAGCAGCAGAAUGGCGGCUGCUCCUACAUGUGCCUGCCCGCUCCGCAGAUCAACAAGCACUCCCCCAAGUACACGUGCGUCUGCCCCAAAGGCUGGAAACUGGGCUCUGACGGCCGGACGUGCAAGCCAGUCAAUGGGUCAGCUGUCACAAAGGAUGCUGGGAAGGUAGAGUCACCCCCUGCACCUCCUCAAGAAGGGAAUAUCAGCGCGUCCAUGCACGAGGUCAGCUCUUCAGCUAAGGGCUCUGCAGCUGCCUGGGCCAUUCUGCCUGUCUUAAUGCUUGCAAUGGCUGUCGCCGGUGCGUAUCUGAUGUGGCGGAACUGGCAGCUGAAGAAUAAAAAGAGCAUGAACUUUGACAACCCAGUGUACCUGAAGACCACAGAAGAAGACCUCAACAUCGACAUCACCAGACACACCGCCUCCGUCGGACACACAUACCCAGCAAUAUCAGUGGUGAGCACAGAUGACGACCUUCCCUAGCCCCUCCUCACUUCAGUGUUCACCUGUGUCCACCUGUUUACCAGAGACUGCUGCUCAAGCAGAGCUUACAACCACAUGCCUUCUGGAGUGCAUUAUGUUGUCCUUUCCUCUUUGCUUCUGUCUGGGGGAGAGAAGAGGAGAUUGAGGAACGUUUAAUUUAUUUUUCUGUUCAACCAACUGCUCCUGGCCCACCACACCACAGCGCAGAAAGCAUCAAGGACUCACUGGGCUGUCGGGGAUCAACAAUGUCAGCGGUUUUCUUCUGGCUACUUCCUAUAAUUCUCCACCACUCUUCCUGUGAAAAGGUCAAACGCUUGUAGACACCUACCUGCCUAAAAGGCCCACCACUCAUCUCUUGCGCUGAUCCGGCGCAUGUGAAUAUAUUUGAUUGAGAAGGAUUGGGAGGAAAUGCAUAUUUUUAGGCACAGUUUCUCAGUAAGGUGUUUCUUUCUUUUUUUUCUCUCCUUUUUGUUUCAUAUGAACUUUACCUCCUAGCGUGUUCUUACAAAGCUUUCUAUGUGUGUUUAUGUGAUUUAAAAAGGCGAAGAAGGAGCUUUAUAAGACGAGUGCCCUCACUCCAUUUGUAAAAACUGUUGUACAUAAAAUGUCCCUCUCUGUGGAGAGACUGCAAGCAGGACUCUGAAGCACUUUGUUCAAAUGUUGCUCUGUAAAUAAGAUUGUAUACAUUUCACUGAGUCAAUUUUGCUAUGGCGGGGCAAACUACAGGGGGAGGGGUAAGAAAAAAAACAUUGUAUUUAAAGAGGUUAAAAAAGGAGUUUGUUAAAAAUAUUUUGUAUGUUUGUGUGCUGUAUCUGUGACCUUUUCUAGCAUUGUACAGGGAAAACAACAUGCUCUUGUGUUGUGAAGGGGGAUCAUAUUUACAGAUAGAUGAAAUAAAACGAGACAAAAAGGUCAUUCAACA